GUCACACGCUGACGGUGAGGACUUGAAGAAUUUGUGGGAGCAGAGUACCAAAACAGUGAGUAUCAAGCAGAAGGCAUGCAUCCCCUCGAUCGAUCUAUCUGCUAGGACUGAUUUACUGAUGGAAUUGGAAGCUCAAACCGUCAGAUCUAUCUGCUAUGACUAAUUCACUGGUGGAAUUGGAAGCUUAAGUGCAGUCAUCAUCAUACUAAGAGCAGCUACAAGGAGGAGCAAUCAAUGGCUGAGUCUGCUGUUAAAGCCGUGGUCGGGAAUGUGAGCAAACUUGCGGUUCAUGAGACCUCAUUUUUAUGUGGUGUCACUAGUGAAGUAGGAUUCUUGAAAGAUGAACUGAAGCGGUUAAAGUGCUACCUUAGAUCUGCUGAUGCUAAACGGAAAUCAGGAGAUGAGUGUGUGGCUACGUGGCUCAGCCAGAUCAGGGACGUGACAUAUGAGUCCGAGAAUGUCAUUGAAGCUGCAGAUUACAUGGGGAAGAAAAACAGGCUGAAGAAUGGAUUCUUGGGUGCCAUUUCAAGGUAUGCUCGCUUGCCAAGUGACAUGGUUACCCUUCAUAACGUUGGUGUCGAUAUCCAACGUAUAAGAAGGAAGAUCAGCGAGAUAUUUGACAGUGCAAACCGUUUGAAUAUUGAUUUGGAUACUGGUGUUCUAGGCAAGUGCUGUGCCGAGGAUGAGUUUCCACGAGUAAAUGAUCUCAUGGAUCAAAACUUUGAGGAUAAUGUUGCCAUUGUCGGUUUUGAGGAUGAGUACCAAGAAAUAACGGACAAGUUAGUUGACAAAGAGAACAAUACUCUUAGUGCUAUCUCCAUAGUUGCCAUGGGUGGAGCGGGAAAAACAUCACUAGUUAGAAAAAUCUACACUUCAUCAAGAGUAAAAGAACAUUUCGACACAGCUGCUUGGGUGACUGUGUCUCAAAAGUUCAAGGCCGUUGAUUUACUAACAAGUAUUAUGGAACAAAUAAUGGGGGGCAGAGUUGGUUUUAAUAUCCGUCAGUGUGAGGUGGGAAAGGAGAUACAUGAUUUUCUGUUGCAAAAAAGAUUCUUAGUAGUUCUUGAUGAUGUUUGGGAAACAGAUACAUGGGAGCAAAUAAACAAAAUGGUUAAAGCAUUUCCAGAUGUAGCCAAUGGUAGUCGAGUACUGUUAACCACACGAAAGCAAGAUGUUGCGAAUCAUGUGCAAAUGCCAACUCAUGUCCAUCAUCUGAAGAAGUUAGACGAAGAGAAAAGUUGGGAACUUUUUAGUAGCAAAGCUUUACCACCAUACAACAGGUCUGCUGUAUGUGAUGUGGAUGAGUUUGAAGAACUAGGAAAGAAGCUUGCUAGGAAAUGUAAUGGAUUACCGCUUGCACUUGCAGUUUUUGGGGGUUAUCUGUCAAAAAAUCUGAACAAGGAAACAUGGAUCGAUAUACUCUCGAGCUGGCCAUCAACCAAAGACGGACAGAUGAUGCGAGACAUACUAGCUCGCAGUUACAAUGACCUACCAGAUCAUUAUUUAAAAUCAUGUUUCCUCUAUGUUGCUGCUUUCCCCGAGGAUUAUGAAAUAUCUGUGUCGGAUCUUAUUGAGUUAUGGAUAGCAGAAUGCUUCAUUCCACAUACACCAAAACAUACACUGGAAGAAAUAGCACGUAAGUAUGUAACUGAGUUAGCUCAAAGAAGCUUGGUCCAAGUUGUUAAUAGAAGCAGAGCACAUGGAUGGAUUGAAAGAAUAAGGAUCCAUGAUAUCUUGCGUGACUGGUGCAUAGAAGAAGCAAGAGAAGACGGCUUUCUUGAUAUGAUCGACAAAACUGCAUGCUGGGAUGGUGCAUCAUCAUCUGAUAACAUGAUAUCCUAUCGUGCUUCAUUCCAAAACUUCAGUGGUCAGAUUUUACAGGCAACAACUCCUAAUCUACGAACUCUGGUUGGCUUUGAACUUUCAUCAAUAUUCCUACCUAAGCUGAGAUUCCUGAGAGUUCUUCACAUUGAAAACUCAGACCUUGAGAAUUUAUCUCCAGCCAUUGGUGGGUGCAUUCACCUAAGAUGCCUUAGGUUGAGAAGAUGUGGAAAUGUAACACUCCCUUCAAUUGGAGAACUCCUUUACUUGCAGAUUAUAGACCUGAGGAAAACAAACUUGGACUCAACAGUACCAAACUCUCUUUGGAAUAUUCCCACUCUAAGGCAUGUUUACCUGAGCAGUGGAUUUUCUUCACCAAGGUGUGUGGGACACAAAGAGCUCCAGACCUUAUGGUUGACUUGCGCAUCUGUUGGUACCAAAUAUCGCUAUCAUGACAUGGUGACGUUUUUGAGAAAAAUGAGACAACUGACAACCUUGUUCUUGGUAAUGAAGCCCAUGCAUGCAAAUAUAAUGAAUAUAUUUGCAUACAUGCCUCACCUGGUUGAUAUUCAUCUAUCUUGUUUUGGUGUGCUUGAUAAGCUUCCAGACAGUAAUCACUUCCCGCAGAGCCUUCGGCAACUCUAUCUAGAAGCUGGUGUCAUUGAAAUAGACCCGAUGCCGAUCCUGGAGAAGCUUCCCUGUCUCGUGGUAUUGGAGUUAUCAGGGUAUAAAGGCCGAACCAUGACGUUUUCCGCCCAAGGGUUUCCUCGUCUACAAGAGUUAAAACUUGAUAAUUUCUCCGUCGAUGAGUGGAGGAUGGAGGUAGGACCAAUGCCAAAGCUCUCCCACCUGAAGCUUUGGUUGUGCAAGGAGAUGUUGAAGUUACCCAACGGACUGUUGCAUCUUCCAUCCCUCAAGAAUUUGAAACUAGUCAGCAAGUCCCCAAUUUUUAGAGAUGACAGCACAGUGAAGGAGCUGGAGCGGAGAGGAUGCAAGGUGGAACUUUAAGAAGAUUUACAAGCUUCCUGCCAGUGGAACUUUAAGAAGAUUUACAAGCUUCCUGCCAGUGGAACUUUAAGAAGAUUUACAAGCUUCCUGCCAGUGGAAUUUUAAGAAGAUUUAUUCACAGAAAAAAAACUUUAAGAAGAUUUACCUGUUUCUUGCCAGUGGAACUUUAAGAAGAUUUAUGAGUGGCGGACAUGUCUAAGUAUUAUUACUGUUAUUUCAUAAUUCAGAUGGCAUUCUCCUUCCCUUGUUGCGCUGGCAUGACAGAAGGAUGUAUCCGUCCCUCCAGCAUGUAUCUUUAUAGCCUUUCCUCAAAUAUGUGCAUGUAUGUUGCCUGAAUGUACUAGUACAAAACUACAAAUGGUGAAAUGGGGCACCCAUCUAGAUCUAGGCAUGUAGCCACUGGUUAAAAUUUAUGAUGUGUGUAUCUAUAUUUUGAUUGGAACCGUCGAUGGGUUGUGAUUUGAUUCCCACAAACAAACUGCGGCGUUAUCUGCUGGAGCACUCAAAUAUCAGCUUGUGCAAUGUCA